CAGUGCCCUACCCGCGCGCCGGUCAUUACCGAAGAUCUCCGAUGGGGAGCAGGGCUGCUUUGUUUACUAACAGUCCUCCUCCCUGUUGGCUAGGGAAGACUGCUCGGGAUGGCUAGCAGUGUGCUUCCAGUGAAGCACCAACACACCGCCCCCCCGAGUAAAACACUCCCAACACACAGUUAACCCUUUCACCGCCCCUCAUGUUACCCCCUUCCUGCCCAGUGCCAUUAGUACAGUGUCAAUGCUUUUCGUUAGCAGUGAUCACUGUAUUGGUGUCACUGGGGAUGUCAGUGACACCAAGUCAGAUGCCCGCCGCAGCCCUGCAGUCCCGCUAUAAGUCGCUG